AUGGCAAGGUGGUCGAUACCAAAUGAUGGGCUUGUUAUAGAUAUUACUGAAACCCCUAAAAGGUUUGAACAUGAUAGAAUCUUUAUUGAUCUAGAACUAUUUUCAGAAGCUCAUGGGGCCAAAUUUGAGGGAGACCAGGAUUGUAGAGUCGAUAAAGUUAUAUCUGAUAAGGUCCAAUGCUUAUUUGAUCAAUUUCUUAUCGAGUUUUUGAAGGAGAUGCAUGCCCAUAAUUCUUUUCGACCUAUCCCACCAAUGCUUGGUAAUGGGCAACCCGUGAAUUUGAAAACCUUGUUCUUAGUUGUGAUAGGGAAAGGAGGGUAUGAUGUAGUCUCCAAAAAAAAUUUAUGGAAUUUAGUGGCCGAAAAAUUUGGGUUAGGUUUAAACAUUGGUUCAUCAGCAAAGUUGAUCUAUUCUAAGUAUUUAGGCACUUUAGAGACAUGGCUCAUAAAUGUUUCUGAGGGUAAGGUACUUGGUUGUAGUUUGAUGGAUGGUGCAAUCAACUUUGAUCGGCAACUAAUGACGGGACUUCAAGCUAAAAUAAAAAGGCUCUUGUCAGAAUGGUGUAAAUUGUUUGAUACUAAUGGAGUUGAGAGUAAAGUUCAGGAUAGUACGUUUGUUGGGUUGGAUAUGUCAAGAAACUCGUUCAACAUUGAUGACACAAAGACACUGAAGGAGUUUGAUAGAAUGAAGAUCACUGCAAAGAAACUAGUAAAUGCAUUAGAUAUAGGGGACUCAUCUAAUAAUAAUAGAGUAAACAACGUGCCUAAUUUGUCUAAUAGAGGCAAGGGAUUUGACAAUGACGAUGAUGUCUUGAUAUUAGAUCCAUCUACUGUUAAGAAGGAGAACUAUGGGCGUAAGAGGAAAAGAAAGUCUAUGCAAGAAAUGCUAUGUUGGGUAACUAGCAUUGCAAAGAAUCCACGUGAUCUUAUAGCUUGUCCAAUACUUGAAAGAUCAAAGUGGAGUUCUCAAAGUAAUGAGGAGGUCAAGAAGCAAGUUUUGUUGUUUCGAGAGGCUGUCUUUGUGAAAAGAAAUUUUGAAUCAAGCAAAGAACAUAAUGAUUGGCAGGGUAUAAAGAUGCAUCCUUGCAUGUAUGAAGAUCACUCGAGGACAACUUGUAAUGUUAAGGAAAGGUUGAAGUGUGAAAACAGGAGGCUUUCAUGUGAAAAGUCCAUAUCUAUUGUACCAGUCUCAUCAAAAAUUUCCAUAGGAACUCUAAGUGAUUCAAAGAAUACUCAAAGUCCGCUCAUUGAUCAUAAAGAUCAAGUUGAGAAAACUACACUUUUAUCCUUUGAUAAAUGUAGCAAAAUAACCGUCCCUCUAGGGCCAUCUCAUCAGGCUUUAGUACCAGAAUGGACUGGUGUGAUUUUUGAAAGUGAUCCUAAAUGGUUAGGUACCCAAAUAUGGCCAUCAAAAAGUGUAAAUCAUCAUAGACAAGUCAUCCAAAGGGAUCCUAGUGGAAAGGGAAGAAAUGACUUUUGUAACUGUCAAGUACCAGGAUCAGUGGAGUGUCUCAAAUUUCACAUUGUUGAAAAUAGAGACAAAAUUAAAUUGGAAUUAGAUGUGGCUUUUUAUCAAUGGAAUUUCCAUAAGGUUGGGGAGCAAGUUAGCCAUCAUUGGACGUAUGAAGAAGAGAAAAAAUUCAAGAAUGCGUUGCGAGCUAACCUCCAAUCACGCAAGAAAUGUCAUUGGGAUCAUAUUUUCAGAUCAUAUCCGAAGAAAAAACGAGAAGAUUUGGUCAGCUACUACUUUAAUGUUUUUGUUUUGCGACGUCGAAGACAACAGAAUCAAUAUUCUCCGAAUAAUAUUGACAGUGAUGAUGAUGGAUUAGAGUCAGAACCACCGAUCAAAGCCAAAGCAAUUCGCUCAGUUGUUAUGAAAAAAUAA